AUGUCUAUCAUUAUUUUAUACAAAGACCAGUGCGAGAGUGGUAACUUCUACAACUACACCGGAGAGAUCUUAAGCGAUGGUUAUCCCAAUGAACUUCCACGUCGACUGUACUGCUUCCAUUUAAUUCGGAUCCAUGGAGCUGAGACAAUCAACAUUACCAUCGCCGAUGUUUAUUCCAGUGUUUCAACAAACAAUCUAGUAUCUCUCGGAUACGGAUAUGAAAUUCCUUCACCCGUUGUCUACAGCAGCCCCGAUGUUGUUUGGGAUUCAAGUAUGGACGUGCCCACUCCGUUAGUUUUCAAUAGUUCUGCAGCCUGGAUUAUGGUGAAAACACAUGAUUCAUUGGGCCUGAGAUAUAAUCUGACAAUAAGUGCUGAUGGUAAUAACUGCAUUGAUAUCCAAUGCCCCGUGGGAAAAUGCAGUGAUGUCAUAAGAGAUUAUUCAUGCCCAUGUUACCGUACGUGUCACAACGGAGGCGUAUGCAACUUACACGGGGAAUGUGACUGUCCACAAAACAUAUCGACGGGGGCAAGUUGUGAAUAUGUUCUUUGUAGAAUUCCUGACUAUCCGGCUCAUCUGAUCGAGUUGACGGAUCGAUCGGAUGCUACUGAUUGCUCUUCACAAGCGCUUAUUCUCCAAGACGGUAAAUGCAGUUUCACAUGCGAGGAUGGCUUCAAACGAGUGGGUGAAUCUGUUGUAAGAUGUUUAGAAAAUGGAAACCUAAAUUCUUCUCUGCCUAGUUGCCAUGUUGCAUGUGAUGUCCCAUUGCCACCGGUGUCCUUAGUUUCAAUAGAGGGUAAUUGUUUGGACGAGGAUCGUGUGGUACUGGAGGGGCAAACGUGUACCUUUGGAUGCCAGGAGGGGUACAUGCUGAUGGGAGAAUCUUCUCUGACGUGUGGAUCAGAUGGUGGAUCGCUAUCUCUCCCUGAGUGCCAAGUUGUUGUUUGCGAUAUACCAGCCCUACCAUCUGAUCUCAUGACUAGGCCUAUCGAUAUUGGAUGCCAAGGCUUAUCGACUAUCGAAUAUAGUAUUACGUGUGAAUAUUACUGCCAGGCCGGUUACAUCCUCAGUGGUAUGGAUCAAUUAUCGUGCAAUGCCAAGGGACAAUUGACCGGGAAUCUGCCUUCUUGUGAAGAACUUCCGAAUGAUGAUGAUAAUGAUGAUCAUAACGACGGCGACACAAGUCCUGAUAUCGACGCCACAGACGACGUCAACAGUGAUGACGACAAGAUAACGACAACAGAACCUUCAACAAUGGGGUCGACAGAAAGCACCACGAGUUAUGCGGGUUUGACGACGAUGGAGGUCGUGAUGAUUGCCGGCGCUGUCCUGGGAUUCGUUGUCGUUAUCAAUGUGGUAAUCAUCGCACUCUGCUGUAAGCCAACCUGCUGUCGAAGUGGUAAAGAAGAGCGGGAACAACCACCGAUGCCAAUAGUCUUAGAGUCCAUAAACGUGCCGAUUGAAGUUGAAAAUCGUUAUGGACCCGGUCCAUCUGCUGAUGCGCUGAGAGCAGAUGAAACGCCGUCGUCUUCCGAAAAGUACGAUAAAUAUAAAUUCCCGGUAGGACGACUUCGCGGGCUCCACUUAGCAAAGAAUCUCAUUGGCGGCGGGUCGUUUGGUCAAGUUUACCGCGUCGAAGCGGUUGGGAUCAUUGACGGUCAAGACAGGACUACAGUCGCGGUAAAGACGCUUCGAGAUUCGCCCUCAGACCUUGAAAAGGAUAAUUUCUCGAAUGAACUUGAGAUGAUGAAAGAUAUACCACCUCAUCCAAAUAUCAUCAAGCUACUUGGGUACAGCACAGCUGAAGACGGCUCUUCCUACAUUAUAAUGGAAUAUUGUCCCAAUCAGAGCCUGCGACAUUGUCUGAUGCAGCUGUCUAAAGAGAAUCGUCGGCAGGACGUCUGCGUGUCAUCAGAACAACUUCUUCGCUUCGGUGUACAAAUCGCCGGUGCUAUGGAAUUCAUUGCUCAAAAACAGAUUGUCCAUCGGGAUCUAGCGGCACGGAACAUCCUUUUAGGAUUGAGGCUCGAGUGUAAGGUGGCCGACUUUGGCCUGGCGAGGAGUAUGAAUGACGAUGAGGAAUACAUUAUGAUGUCAAGGAGCCGUAUGCCCAUUCGAUGGAUGGCGCCUGAAUCUCUUAAUCAUGACGUGUACUCAACGAAGAGUGAUGUUUGGUCUUUUGCUGUAGUCAUGUGGGAAAUCUUGACACUUGGUGCACGCCCUUACACCGGGAUGGACAUCCAACAAGUGAAGAUGGCGGUAAAUAUGGGGUACCGAUUGCCUAAUCCAGAACAUUGUAGCCAGGAUUUAUAUAACUUGAUGCUAGAGUGCUGGAUAGGCAACCCCGUGGGAAGGCCGACGUUUGGCCAAAUAAAAGUACGACUAGACGAUAUGCUGAUGACCCCGAAUGCCAACAUCUUAAUGGACAAGUUUGACGGCACUGACUACGAUUACAUGCCGAUGUCCGCUCUCGCUGAUGACGUCGACAUGAACGUGAUGUCGCCCACGGAUACAACUCCCAACUUUGAUACGCAUGGUCUAUAUAAGAUACCAGCUCCCAUGUGAGCUGUGAUUCUAUACGUACAUUAUAUAAAUGAUAUUUGUUUGAACUUUAGUGUAUUUCUACCGAUUAUCCAUUUUAAUUUAUUCUCUUUAUUAAGUCAUACACACACUGCAAAAAUUCCGGUGUUGAUUUAACACCAGCCCGGAAUCUAUAUAUAUAUGUCCACACCAGAGAAUUAUUGAAACAACACCAGUUUGGAAUCAAACCGAUGCUGUUUUAUACUAAAUGGUGUUAUAUAAUCACCUAUCUGAUGUUAGACUAAUACCAAAAUCGGUGUUGUUUAACACUUCUCUGGUGUGGACAUAUAUAGAUUCCUAGCUGCCAUGGUGUUAAAUCAACACAGGAGUUUUUGCAGUGCAAGUAAUGAUAAUAGUAUUCAUAUAUUUAAAAACGCUUUACUCGAGUAUUUUAUUAUGUUUUUAUUGGUUUGUUUGAUAUCGACAAAUUUCUGGUUAUGUUGAACAUUAUUUUAAAGGACUGAUUAAAUAAAAUAAGUGUCAGCUGAUUUCUAUAUGGGUGAGGGGAAACACCCCCCCCCCCCCUUCACGAAUGAAAUGAGGAGGUAGAUGAAAGAUUGCCUCCCCCUUCCCCCAUAUUCACUCCGACAAUCAAGGAAUGACUUUUCUGAUAUAAUCAUAAUCUUUGGUGUAUUGUCUGCCUGAUGCAAAAUUAUAAAAGAUGGAUAUAUUGUAUUGAUAUAUUUGUGUCGUUUCAAUGAAAUGUCACCAUCUUCUUAAUCAUGUGUACGCCUGUAUUACUUAUGAUUACUCAGUUAUCUUCAUUUUGAUUCAUAUAGUUUGAUGCCCAAUGUUCAGUGGCGUACCGUGGGUCACGGCAUUGGGGGGGGGGGCACCAGCAAAAAUUUCGAGUCACAUAGGGAGCGCGCAAAGCACGCUCAGUUGUCAGGUAUACUGACCUUAUAUAGAUUUUUUAAGGACAUGCAGUGCCAUUAAACGGAUAUGUAUCUCACUGAUUAAAUAAUGCGAGCGCAAAGCGCGAGCUGAAAAUUUUUGAUAUUUAGAGCUAGAAAGGGACAUUAUAAGCAAAUUUUUUGUAAUCAUGAUACGUAACUGCCUUGCUAAACAAAUAAUGCGAUCGCGAAGCGCGAGCUAAAAUUUUUGUAUAUAUUGACCCCAAACAGGGAAAUUUAAGGAUUAUAUUUUAGAAUCCAUUAAGAGUAUAAAUAUCUCACCAUAGUCAUCUAAUGCUAGUGCCAUCCUUUGCUGAUUUUGUUAGAAUUACAUCUAAGCCCAGUCAUGAAGCACCUUUUGUAGUUAUUGUAAUCAUGAUUGUCAUACGCAUCAAAUACUGCGAGCGCGAAGCGCGAGCUGAAAAUUUAGGAAAUUCAGAUCUGAAGAGGGGCAUUCUAAGGCUUGUUUGUAGGAAUUCCCUAAGACCGUACGUAUUUCACUAACCAAAUGAUGCGGGCGCGAAGCGCGAGUUGAAAUUUUUGUAUAUAUUGACCCCAAUCAUGGAUAUUUUAAGGACUAUAUGUUUUUUAGGAAUCCAUUAAGAGUAUACAUAUCUCACCAUAUUCAUCUAAUGCGAACGUUAGCUCGGACAGGAAAUGUUAUAUAUUAAGACCUUAAAAUAGGGCAAUCACUUUAAGUAGUCAUGAAAAAGAAGAAUAUGUCAGUUGUCACUACAUAAAACAAUAAUAACUCGAAUUGCGAGGAAAUAUAUUUGUUGUAUAUUGAUUUGAAAACGGGAGGUUUUAGUACAACAUGAUUAUAUAUCUCGUUAAACAGUCUAUGCGAGCACCAGGAACAUUGAAGGCACAAUGAAGCAAAUAAUGUUUCAUAAAGUUAUGAAAAAAUGCUUCUUAUGUAAUAUAACAUAAUAUAAUAUAACAUAACAUAACAUAACAUUAUUUCUUUCAAUAAUUUCUUCUUUCCCCACUACGUUUCUCUUCCUUUUUCUCCUUUUCCCCGUUUUUUUUUUUUUUUUUUUUUUUUUGCCAGCCGAUGGGGGGCACGUGCCCACCCCCCAUGCCCCCCCCCCCCCGUAUUUACGCCACU